AUGUCUGUUUGGCAACAUCUAUUCAUAUUUAUCUGUCUAAUAAAUUCUGCCUACGGUUUUAAUUCACUAGGCUGCUUUCAAGCAAAUAUUCCACAAACAUCUAGUCAGACAAAUGAUGAUCCUGGCCAACCACUCUUUCUUUCACCUUACAUCGAAUCGGGUCAAAUUGAUCAAGCAAGAAAUUUAAGUCGCGUCAAUCUACAACCCGAUUGUAUUCAUAUCCAUC